UUUGAAACAUUCUUCGCACUGCCUUUCAGUAAAAGGGCAGCAUUUCGGAAAAGAUAAAAGGAAGAUUAGCGACAUAAAACGGUGGUUCCAGUGGUGUAGUGUUCUUCGCAAAAGCGCUGCGUGUUGUGCGUUGCGGGCAGUCUUAAUUAAUCGUUGAUUCGUUCGUUGGUAUCCUCCCACACACCACGACCGGACCAAACCCGAUCCGUAGCUACCGUGUUGCAGCGCAAGAAGGUGUCGACGGCGGGAAUGACCGUGCCGGUGGCGGACAGCAAACCGACACCAGCGUCUUAUAUGACCAUGGUUGAACAAGUGGUGUCUUGCUGUCCAGCGAAGGGAACUGCGAAGUAAAACAAGGCAAAAAAUAUCCUUCAAACGAUGCAGCGGUAGAAGCAGGGUGUGUGUGUCGGCGAAAGGGUUUGCAAAAUUGCACCUACUCUGCUUACUUGCAUCCUGGAGUAUUUGGAAUUUGUGGAGGCUGUUCGGAAGUGCAACCGUGAUCCAACAUUCAUCCGAGAUCGAUGACUGCGUUAAAACACGGCGUUAGCGCAUCCGCAGAUCAAAAGACAAGAUUUUUCCUCGUAAUUAUGCGGCUGAAUCUGAAGUUCUUACUGAUAAUUCUGUGCGUGACGGUCGCCCUGAUAACCUUCGCACUAUGGGCAAACUGUGGUGUUGGUCAAGGACUCGUCCCAAAGUGGCCCCAGCACCAUGGAGACGGCGAUAAUCCCUUCGAGCAGACCGAAGAAAUCGACUGCAUCAUCAACCAGGAGUACUCGAUCGGUUGCCGAAAGGAGGGUGAGGAGGUGUACCUGCCCUUUUCCUUUCUGCAGAAGUACUUCGACGUGUAUGGUUCGCUGAACGUGGUUGACGGUAGCCGGCGGUUCGACUGGACGCACAGCUAUGGGAAGGUAAACUACCCGAAGGGUGCGUACGAUCCGCGCGGCAUCUUCAUGUACUUCGAAAACUACAACGUGGAGAUGCGCGAUCGUGUCAAGUGUAUCAGCGCGAUCGAUGGCGUCCCGAUCUCGACGCAGUGGGAAAGCCAGGGUUACUUCUACGCCACGCAGAUCGCGCAGUUUGGUCUGUCGCAUUAUAGCAAGAAUCUGACCGAGCCGGAACCGCGCAGAAAAACGGUAGAGGACGGAGACCGAGAGCUAGCGGACUGGAUUGUUCCGAAAGGAAGCACUCUCAAUCGGACGCUUGACCGCGCGCGGCCAUCGGCGGGCGGUGUGGUAAGCUUUUCCACCGGGAAAUCCUUCGACACGGCCAUCCUGCUCCCGAUGGACCAUGUGCUCGAUUUGGUGCUGAGUGUGGAUGUGCUGCUGCGGCCGAACUCGACACUGUGCGUCACACUGCAGAACCGGGAGACGCAGAAACUGUACCGGGUGUAUUACAUUCUGGUGGAUUUCCUGAUUGGUGUGCAGGAUGAGAACAUCUACUACGGUAUUGGGUUGAACAGCACGGGCGUGUGGAAGCAUCUGACGCGGGAUCUGUUCGUCGACCUGCAGAAAGGUCUUCCGCAGUACGCCAGCACGGAUAAACGGCGCAAGAUGCGGCGUACCGAACUGAAGGUGAUCGAAAUAUCACUUCUCGGAAAUGGAAGCAUCGACAAUCUGACACUCUCGACGAGCGAACACAUCGCCCACUUCUACGACGCGGCCGAGUGGCUCAUCCGACAUCAGGAUCCGAGCACCGGCGGGUGGCCCAUCCCGGUGCGGCGCAAACUUGGGUCCGGAUUUGGCGAGCUGGCGCGCGGCUGGUACUCGGCGAUGGCACAAGGGCACGCAAUAUCGCUGCUGGCCCGUGCUUACUAUCAUUCUAAGGGUGACAAGCGAUAUCUGCGUGCGGCCCUUGAUGGCUUGAAGCUGUUCCGCAUCCCGUCCUAUCAGGGCGGAGUGCUAGCGACGUUUCUUGGGAAGUACGCGUGGUACGAGGAAUAUCCGACGACACCGCAUUCGUUCGUGUUGAACGGCUUCAUUUACUCGCUGUUGGGCCUGUACGACCUCAACUCGACUGCGCCGGCCAACCAAUCGAACGAAGCGGCCGUACUGUUCGAACAGGGAAUGACGAGUCUCAAGAAGAUGUUGCUGUUGUACGAUACUGGUUCAGGGACGAGCUACGAUCUGCGGCAUUUCACUCUCGGAAUUGCCCCGAACCUGGCCCGGUGGGACUAUCACGCGACACACGUCAAUCAACUGCUCCUGCUUGCAACAAUCGACUCGGAUCCGUUGAUUUCACAAACAGCGGAACGUUGGAAAAACUAUAUGGUUGGCAAACGUGCGCCUCACAAUUGAACGAUGCUUACCACGCCGUUGGAAUCGUUUUCGCUCAGAAGAUAACUAGAACACGGGGGCUUGAGGCAGUUACCAGCAAGCAAGAAUUUCCGUUUGGUCCAUUUCCAACCGGUUGCUCCUUAACCUGUAAUCUUCUCCACUUCCAUUUUGAAUGCCUUACUCAAAAACAGAAAAAAAAACAAAUUUACUGAAAGUAAGUUAGGUCACAAGAAAACUUUAACUCACGCUCAGCUGGCCCACGGGUCUGACGGGUCGGUUAGAAAAUGCUGCCCACUUUCUACAACUACUCUCAUCAAUCUGCGCCCCGGGAGACGAACGCAAAAUAUCAUCUUUCUGCAGACUUUGGCCACUACCUUGUGCGUGAUAUAAUCGGUACCUUUAGUGUGUAGAACAGAAACGCAAGUUGUUUCCCUUUUGCUGGCAAGAACAACCUGUAGGGCCAAUACGGAAGAGCGAGAGAGAAAGUGUAGGUGAUCACUCAAGGAUCACUGGUGCACACACAAGUACCCGGUGAAGAUCCCGGGUUUUGUACAUUCAUCAGCAAGUUUGUUAGAUGCUUUCACCACCCUUUUUGUAUGAUAUACCAUGUGCCACGCACAACUCCUACCAUUCGGCUGGGAGCCACGCACCCACGAAACAAUAAUCAAGUAUAAUAGUACCACAGGGAUGUAUGGGGGGCUGUGUAAGUGUGUGGAUGUGGUGGGUGGUAACAAUGAAAAGGGGGAUGAAAGGAGAAACAGGUUGUAUAGAAAAAAACAAACGAAAAUCAAUCCAAAUAUCAGUGUAGCGUAAUCUUUAGUGGCAAACAUUAUAGAGAAGAAUUUAGUCCAAGUUCGCUGUGUUUGCAUACAACAAUCCUUGCCAUUGUGUCGUUGCUUGCCUACUUACUCGCUUGAAGUUAUUGGUUUACGACGAAUACGAGAUUAUAUUUUAAUUACAAAUUGUUUACUCCUUUGUAUAAAGUUAAUGGAUAAGUUUUCUUUACAUUAUUAUAACAUCACCUAGCUCCGUGAAUGGUAUCGAUCUUUUGUUCUGUUGUAAUUGAAUUUAACGUAGUAUGUGUCAAGUGUUCAAUUCAUUACGACUUGUACUUUUGCGAAGCACUGUCAAAAAACAAUGCAAAAAACGAAAUAUUUAGAGAGCUUAUAUUGGAUACAAUAUUGAAUACUACUUUGGAGCACAUAAAAGAACACAAAACACAAACUUACUGACUCCAGAGAUAUGGAAGACGGCACAAACUAAGAUAAUAAGCGGGACCCCGGAAAUAGGGGUUGCUAGGGUAGCUCUUUUUUAUUCAACAUUCGCUUCGGAAAUGUGUAUUUAGUUUUUGUUUUCCAUAAAUUAGCUAUUUUCCCAUCACUAUGGUAUGAUAUGAACGGGAAAGCAAGCUCUAGGUUAAGUUCUU